AGUAAGAGAUGGUGCAUUUGCUUACUAUCGUUUUGGUUUCGGAGGGAAAUUUCCAAAACUCCAAAAUAUCUCAAUUUCCUCCGAUCCAUCACACCACCGCCACCAUCACCAUCACCAUCACCGCCACCGCCAGCUUGUGAGCCAGCCCGUGAGCCAGCCUGCGAGUCGGGUUGGGUUCAUAUUUCUCUAGCUCGUCAAAAUAUGGGUUGGCCUGACCCAACCCGUUUCCAACCCAACCCGUGACAGGCUGUCUCGUAUGGGUCGGGCCAGCCCAUAUUGACAGCACUUAAGAAGCGUGUCCGAGGCCAGACACCGUAUCAAGCCGCCACAACCACCAACCACCAGCUUUCAGCUAGCAUUAGGUCGUUAAUUAGAAGCUGAUGUCAAUGGAAAGCUGCGUUGCUUCAUCACCUCGACUACUACCAGUCAUUGGUAAAAUUCAGUCUCAAGUACAUGUUAAGGGUACUGGACCAAACAUAGUCGGGAUGCCACACUUACCAUUUAACAUCAGGAAAGAAGAACUUCAGACUUCUACGUUUCAAAGUUCAUCCCGUGGUAUUAAUGCUAAAUGUGCUGCUAGUGCAAGUGCAACCCAAGUCCUAAAACGCAAUGAUCAAAAAGUUAUUGUUCCCGGCAAACAUGACCCUAAAAUUGAUGACAAUGGGCCCACGUUUCCACCUCGUGACAACCAUGGCAAUGGUGAUAAUGGAGGAGGUGGCGAUAAGUUUUCAGGUGGUCUCACUCUUUUGGGUGUUCUUGGCGUCCUAGAUGUUUUAAAAGACGUAGAGAGUGAAUGGCGAAAGAAGGAAAAAAUAUCUUUCGAGCUUGAAAAUUAGACGUCAUAUGUGGCAGUGAAAUAGUUUUGGGAAUGGUUGAAUUAAAACAUAAGAUUAUUAUCCAUAAGCAUGGUUUUCUUUCUGUCCAUUGGCCUGACUAUUAGUUAGCAAAUAAAUCUACUAGUGAGCAACACUUCGGUUUUGCUGUGAUUACAAACAUUAAAUUCACAAAUUAAUCAGAUAAAUACACAUGUUACCUUGCCCAUUAGACAUAAAAA